CAAGGCUGGAAGCCUGGAACUUUCCCAAGCGUUCUCCGGCGCGUUUUACAAAUUAGUAAUACUCUACGAUUUCUCCCUCCGAAAGAAACCGAAGAGGCGAAGAAGCAAGGCAGAGUCGGUUCAGUUGCAGUAGCCGUGGACAGAGCUGCAAAGAAAAUAUUUGAGUUGGAGCUGGAGAGAGAUUUUGAUGGUUGUGGAGGUUGACGCUGCUGCAUCUGUGCCAGAGUUGGCACUUGCCGACACCGACGUCAACUGGGACAGGCUGGAUAAGACAAGGUUUCAUGUUAUUGGGGCCAUUCUGUUUACCGCUCAGUCGGCCUUAUUACAUCCAAUGGCUGUUGUAAAGACAAGAAUGCAAGUAGAUGGUUCUGGACUCUCUCACAUGAGUGGAAUGACAGUGACUAGACAUAUAUUAAGAACAGAUGGUAUUCCUGGAAUCUUCAAAGGUUUUGGUACUUCUGCCAUAGGAUCAUUACCCGGUAGAGUGCUCUCUUUGACGUCACUUGAAGUAUCAAAAUCUAUGAUGCUUAAAUACACCGAAAGUUUAGAUAUGCCUGAAGCAACACGUAUUGGCAUUGCAAAUGGAGCAGCUGGCAUGUUGUCGAACUUAGUUUCUUCGGUGUACUAUGUGCCUCUGGACGUGAACUAUGUGCUGAGUACUCCUCCAUCGCCCGCGAUACAAUUCUACAUGAUGCAUUCUCAGAUUUGUCAGAGACUGAUGGUGCAAGGACUUCCCGGGACGUCAUUAUGCAAUGGGCCAUUUGAUGUUAUACGUAAAGUGGUCAGAGCUGAAGGCUUACGUGGUCUAUAUAGAGGAUUUCUAUUGACAGUUGUGACCCAGUCCCCAGCAUCUGCACUCUGGUGGGGUGCCUAUGGUGCGGCACAACAUAUCAUUUGGAGGAGCUUGGGCUACAGAAAUGAUACGGAAAAGAGACCGUCUCAUGUGGAAAUGGUUACUGUCCAGGCUACAGCAGGAAUGAUGGCUGGUGCUUGUUCCUCGGUUAUUACUACCCCCAUAGACACUGUAAAGACACGACUUCAGGUCAUGGAUAAUUAUGGUGCCGGAAGACCUUCAGUACUCAAGACGGCAAAGGCACUGAUGAAGGAGGAUGGGUGGUGGGGCUUUUAUAGAGGAUUUGGACCUCGGUUUUUGAACAUGUCACUCUACGGAACUACAAUGAUUGUUACAUAUGAAUUGAUAAAGAGACUAUCCAUAAAGCAAGCGUGACACCUUAGGUGGGAGGAGAAAUGCAGGUUGGCUCUAUCACUGUAAUUUUUCUGAAUGGAGAUGAUUCGCUUAUGACGACUUUGACAGGACUCUGAGAUAUAUGGAUGACUUUUCAAGUUCCACGCAAUGGCAGUACUGACUUUAUUAGGCAGAUAGUUAAUUUAGAGGUGUUUCUUUAUGCAUUCAUUUCCUUCUCUGUUUCUGAGAUGAGAAGGUGUGAAUUGUAUUUAUUCAUCGCAAUAUACUUAUUUAGGCUCCUCGAAGCUUGAAAGUUGAAUGUGGGCAUAAAAUUUCCAUCUAGUUUAUGUUGACCCUUCUCAGUACAUGUUUAGCCUGUCAUGUACUAUUAUGUCCUCAAGUUCAUUAAAAGUAAAUUUAGAUUCGAAGCGUUUUAUUCA